AUGUCGAGAAGGAGAUUCCAUGGUCUAAAACGGAUUAAAUUCCGCAUGACAUGGAACAAAUACAAUCUUUACAAUCUUACUCGAGUGGCCCCAGGCUUGCCAUUCAGGACCUUCUUCCAGCAGAAAUGGACGGCCAAAUCCAUGACGCGAGCAUAUCAUGGCGAGCAGAUUCGAGAAGGGCAAUGGGAGCGGAUGUUCAAUUCCCGGUUGAACUCUGUUAUACCGAUGGACCACAAAUACCUCGCUGAACAUGACGGGUCAGAGCAUGCUGCUGGAAGGGGCUCGGGGCUAGAGAAAGAAUUCAAUCCUAAGCGUGGCAGUCCGAAUAAGAAGAUUCCUUAUAUGGAAAUGACUUAUGCGCCGAUCGAGAGACGGCUCGACGUGGCUAUAUUCCGAUCACUAUUUGCUAGUAGUGCAAGGCAGGCGAGACAAUUUGUGACCCAUGGCAAGGUUAAGGUCAAUGGAAAGAAGAUGCCGUAUCCGGGAUACCUCCUGAAUCCUGGAGACAUGUUCCAAGUCGACCCAGAGCGUGUCAUGUACGCAACUGGACAGCCCAAAACACUAGAGCAAAUCAGGCAAGGCCGCGAUAUCAAGAGACAAAGACGCAUAACAAAUAUUAAACGAGCGGAAAAGAAGGCGGCAGCUAGAGAAAAGGCUUUGAAAGCAGCCACCGAGAAGAUUGCUGCCGAGGAAGCCGGCGAAACUCCUGCUUUCAAGUCCGUUCGAGAACCUGCAGUGCCGGCAGAUGAGAAAGAAGCCCGGAAGCAACGAAAAACGGAUCUGCAAGCCCUGUUAAAGCAUGUGAAGGUGAUGGGGGAAAACAAAACCGUUCCUCUGACGGCAAAACGCAAGCAAGAGCUCCGAAAGUUCACCAAGGAUGUGAAGACCAACAUGUCCCAGAUCAACCGCAAACCCGUUGAAGAGCUACAAACCGAUCUCACUGAGCUCGUCAGCCGACUAUCCCUCAUCAAGAACAAACAAAUACCCUCAUCCACCACCACCACCAAACCCAAUUCAACGCCUACCAAAGAGCCAACCCAAGAGUCAGCGAAACCAGAGCCUGGACAGCUCACCAAGCAGCAAUUUCGCAGUAUUAUGGGUCAGCAUCGCCAGGACUUUGUUGAUGAAUCAAAGCCAUAUGCUACUCCUUGGAAGCCGAGAGCAUAUAUGAGUGCUUUCGCGUUCAUUCCGAGGUAUCUGGAAGUCAACCACAAUAUCUGCUCAGCAGUGUAUUUGAGACACCCGGUGGCUAGGCCUGGAUUAGCAGAGGUCCCUACGCCGUUCGAUGCUGGGACUAUGCAGUUGGCGUUCAAUUGGUACCUUAGAAGGCGCUAG